UUACUGCAGCUGUAACUUAAUGUUGUAGUCUGUGGUUUACCGAAUUAGAAUGCUAGUUUGCAAGUACAAUACGUGCGUAAUAACAUAAAAAUUCAGAAUUCGUGAAAACAAUGAAUGCUAUCAAUAAAUUUCUAAUUUAAGACAUCGUUAUUGAAACGGGAUUGUGAUUUUAGUGCUGCAAGAAUGCCUAAUAUAUUGUGUUUAUCUUUAAAUUAUUGUGACAGAUAGAGAUAUAUUUUGUGGAUCAUCGUAUUUUGACAUAUUUUUAUAUUUAAAAUACAACAUGCCCAGUUUAAUCGGAGUUUCCGAAUUUGUUGAUGAAACCAGAGAUGAUUAUAAUUCGCCAAUUACUUCAACAUUUGUUUCGCGAAUGCAACAAUGUAGAAACACAAUUACAACAUUAGAAGAGACUCUCGAUUAUGACAGAGAUGGGCUGAAUAAAAUGAAAAAAGCUAUUAAAGCUAUCCAUACUUCAGGAAUUUGCCAUGUUGAUAAUGAAUCAUGUUUAGUUAAAGCAUUGGAAAAAAUUGGCCAGAAUGCUAUAUCGAAGGAACACGAAGAAAUUAUUGGCAAUGCCUUUAUAAAAUUUGCAGUAGUUACACAGGAGUUAUCUGCUUUAAUGAAAACCUUAAUGCAAAAUCUGAACAAUAUUGUGAUGUUUCCAUUAGACAGUCUCUUAAAAGGCGAUUUGAGAGGUAUGAAGGGUGAUCUGAAACGGCCUUUUGAUAAAGCCUGGAAAGAUUAUGAGAGUAAGUUUGCAAAGAUAGAGAAAGAGAAGAAACAACAAGCCAAGGAUGCUGGUUUGAUACGGCAAGAGAUCACUGCAGCAGAAGUAGCGGAUGAGAUGGAAAAAGAAAGAAGAUUGUUUCAGUUACAAAUGUGUGAAUAUCUUAUUAAGUAUAAUGAGAUCAAAACUAAGAAGGGUAUUGACUUGUUACAAAGUCUGGUUGAAUAUUAUCAUGCUCAAACUAACUACUUUCAAGAUGGACUUAAAACAAUUGAGCACUUUGGGAGCUAUGUAGCUGAUCUCAGUAUUAAAUUGCAAAGGAUUAGACAAAAUCAGGAUGAAGAAAAACGCAAGCUAACAGAUUUAAAAAAUUUAAUAAAAUCAACACUAAGCUUGGAAAAGGAAACAUGCUCACAAAUGGAUAAAGGGGCUGCAGGGUAUUCUUUACACCAGCUGCAGGGAGACAAGCACCAUGGAGUUACCAGAACUGGCUAUUUACUUAAAAAAUCUGAAGGGAAGAUGCGUCGCGUGUGGCAAAAACGCAAAUGCAAGGUGCAGGCUGAAGGCUACUUGGACAUUUGUCAUGGGGAUGAAAGUAAACAACCCACAAGAAUAAAUCUGCUAACUUGCCAAAUAAAAAUUGUCCCUGACGAUAAGAGAUGUUUUGAUUUGAUAUCUUAUAAUCGGACGUACCAUUUCCAAACUGAGGAUGAGGCGGACCAGCGGGCUUGGAUGUCAGUGUUGAUUAAUUGCAAGGACAUGGCGUUAAUGAAGGCCUUCGAUGACAGUAGCAAGACAGGAAGCGACAAAGUAAACCAUAGCUUCAUUGAAUUACAACAAGCUAUCAUUAAGUAUAUUCAAAAAAUACCGGGAAACGAUAGGUGCUGCGAUUGUAAUUCUCAAAAUGAUGCUACAUGGCUAUCGACAAAUUUUGGAAUCAUUGUGUGUAUCGAGUGCUCAGGGAUUCACAGGGACCUAGGUGUACAUAUUUCUCGAAUACAAUCGUUAACUUUAGAUAACGUGGGAACUAGUCAGUUAGUACUCGCCAGGUUUAUGACCAAUAACGGUUUUAAUGAUAUUAUGGAAGCCCAGCUCACAGCCAAUGAGAAACUGGAGCCUUCUAGCUCAAUGGACCAGAGACUUAAUUAUAUUAGAGCCAAAUAUGUUGAAAAACGAUUUGUUAGAACUACCUGCUCCUCUGAAAUCGAGAAGCUCCACGACCUGGAGGACGCAGUUAAUACUGGAGACCUUUCGCUGCUGUUGCAGGCCUUCGCGGAAAACGUAGACUUAAGAGCUUGUCUACCAUCAUCAAAAAUAGGCGAGACGGCGCUGCAUCGGGCUGUCAUUAACGAAUCGGGCCGCACCUUGUAUGUGGUCGAUUUCCUCAUCCAGAACAUGUCGAAUGCGGCCCUGGACAAGACCACCAAUCCUGCGAGCAUGCCUGAAAUGAUCGGCUCGAACACGGCCCUCCAUCUUUGCGCUAUCUACGACAAAGUCGAGUGCAUGAAGCUGCUGUUGCGAAGCGGGGCCGAUGCUACUGUGAGAAAUUCACAGAACAAGACCCCCAUGGACAUCGCGCAGGAGCUGGGGAACCACACCUGCCAGGAAUUGCUUCAGAACGCCGCCAAUAGACUGAAAAAUUACUUCGAUAAUAUCAACAUAGACUGGAACUUGUCUCACGACGAUGGUUCGACUGACUUUUCGGACGACGAGACCAUUAUCGAAGAUCGGAAUGGUUCGUUAACUCCGGAAAAGAAAAACAGGUCUCGUCCGCCCAGUUACUCAGCUUCGAACGUUCACGGGAGCUUGAAAAAGAGAGUGGCACCUCUCCCUCCCCCACCCAACCUGGGUCAGUACCAGUACGGUACUUUGCCCAGCAGCCAUAGUAGAACCCCAUCAGACCCCAUUACGGCGGGUUAUCACACUCUAAGUCAUACUCAUAAACGUUCACCCAGCAGCGACUCCAGCUCUGGAAGAUCUGUGAUACCAAUUGGAAGUAAACUAGUCAUACCGGAUUGCAAGAACAGCGAUAAAGUGUCGAUGUUGAGGAGGCCCCAGAAUCCGCCGCCGCCUGCGCCUAAUCCGUCCCUGAGUCGCCUGUCAAACGGCCGGUCCAAUGAGAGCAUUUCCUCGAUGGCCUCUGACGUGGAUAUCCUCAAUCCAGUACCCCCGCCUCGCAGGAAGCGGAAAUAUUGGUUGGAUAGUUUUGCUGGGGCGAAUGAUUUUCAUCUGGCAUCGGACUCUCCGCCACAGAGAAUGUCAUCUAGUCCUAUUUCAACGAGUUCUUUGUGUUCACCACGAGCGAUGUCCAACGGGCGACUGUCUUACAGCGCAAACGGGGGCGUGGGGCUGCGCAGGUGCAAGGCUUUGUACGACUGCGCAGCGGACAACGACGACGAGCUCUCCUUUCAAGAGGGGGAGAUCAUCAUCGUCAUCAACGAGCACACGGACGAUGAUAAUUGGAUGGAGGGUAUGGUGGAGAACGAGCCAGACAGGACUGGAAUGUUCCCCAUCAGUUUUGUGCAUAUGUUACCAGACUAGGAAUAGUUUUUCGAAAUAAAUACGAUUUAUUUGUAUAGAAUUACUAAAUGUAUAUUAUUGAUGUGUAUAUCUUGGAGGGAUGUUGUACAGAAUUGAGACGACAGACAGCGUUGGAGAAGGAUUUCUUUUAAAAAUCGAAAUCGAUUAAACUAUCCCUUUUUCAGCUUCGUUUAUAUCUAAUCAAGUCACGUACUAUAAAAAAUCUAAAUAUAGUACUCUUUGUGCUGUAAUAUUUUAAUUAUUUUCCUAUCAUUUAUAGUUCUUUAGGAAAAAUAGAAGUUUAGGUAUUUUUACCAUUUACCUAAGCUUUACCUCUUAAAAAAAUGUCGAUGUUUUAGUGUUUAAGUAUAUGGGAAAUAUCAAAUCAUAUUUACGAAAAAAAAUAUUAUGGCUAGCCCAAAAUUAAUAUAGAAUUAUAUAAAAACUGUAUUGAUUCGUGUGUUUUAGGCUUAUAUUGGAAAAAAGAAAACCAUAGUAUUAAAGAACGUGUAUAAAACAGUCUUAAUAUGUUUUAACCCUUCAGCAAUCAAAUUUAACCGUAACUUCUUAAGGGACAGAGAGCAGUCCCUACAAAAAGGAAACAGUAUUUUUUGUAGAUUAUUUUUAGCAUUUAACAGCCAGUAUGAAGUCGAUAUCUGGUAGUAGCCACCUAGUUUGCUUAUCAAGUAGAUAUAUUUUUAUAUUUUAUGUAGACAUCUUUAUCAUUGAGUCUUGAUAAUACAGGGUGGUGACCAGAACACCACUGAAAUGCUCCAAAAAUGUAAUUAUAUUAGUUUGUAACCUCCGAUGUAUAUAUUUAUUUAAGAUAUUUAAGUAUCUAUCACGUAAAGUUGGGAUAACAAAUAAAAAAAAUGUAUAUCCACGUAAAUAGGGCUUUUACGUUGCCCUGUGCCUAUCCAAAAUUAUGAAAUAGUACUGAUUGUUUAUUUUAAGAGAAAUUUAGAUAUGUUACGUGAAAAGAGUUUAUCGUCAGAAAUUGUCACCGUUUCUUUAGUUGUUUUUAUUUCACCAAAUUUUGAACUUGAAUGUGAACUUGAAUAUAAUAUAUAUCUGUAAAAAAUA